UUACUGGACUUGCUCGUAUACAAUCGAAUCGUACUUGUUCGUACAUCUCAAACACACGUACACAUUCACAAUAUAUUUGAUAAGAGCAAGUAGGAGAGAAAGAGAAAGAGAGAGAAAGACAGGUGAACAGUUGGUGGGAGUCGAGGCAACGGAUGCAGUAGUGAUGGCGACUGCGUUGAAUAUCCAGCCGGGACAGACCAGGUUGGUGGAGCGAAGGAGGCAGACAAAAAGCGGGCAGAGGAGAGAAGAAGAGAGCGAGAGGCAGAGUCGGAAUGAAAAGACAGCCAGGUUGCUCGACGAGGUGGCAGAAGUGAGGGGCGAGGCGGUGAGCGGCUUAGCCAGGCGCUGCCUCGGUCGGAGGCACGAGUGGAGUAUUGAGAGAGCAACCGAGGUCCCGUUGGCCCUGGUGGUCGCCCGCACCGGGUGAGGCGUCAUGAAAGCGCGCCAGUCGACCGACAGCAUUUACGGCCGUACGAGAGCACGUUGAACGCUUCGUUCGCUCUCCGUCUCAACAACCCUUCAAAAUUCAAAUUCGUCCAAAUUCGGAGCACAACACUCGGCGACCGACUGAUCUUCUUCAAGAUUUCUCCCCUCUCCCGAUGUUUUCCAUAUCCCCGGGAUGACGGCGAGCAGACAGCGGAUCUGAGUUAACAAAAGCGGAUUUUCCAAACUAGUGAAUGAGAUUGGGAAUUUGAGGGCUGUUCUCUGUCUCGGUAGGGUAUCGCGAUUGGAGUGGUGACGAAUAUUACGGUCAGUGUCCUGGUUUUCGAUCGACGUCUCUCGAUGACUCUGAAAACUGAAAGGAAAGAACUUGUCUUGUGUUAUUUAGUUAGAAAGUUGGUGAUUGAAAUUCUGGUUUCUUGACUGCUGAUUUUUAUGACGACGCGUGAGUAGAUCUUCCUCCGAUAGUUUAACGAGGGUAUUGGGAGCGGCAAAGACAAUGGCAUCGAAAUAAUACUCAGGUGUGUGAGCUCUUUGUUAACUGAGAGACGGAGCAUUUGUAUCUUUAAAGUCGAUACUCUUUUGUUUUUCUCGUAGAUUUUUGCUACGCGAUAGUUAGUUCGGAGUAACUUUGUGUCAUUAACUGUGUUACGUGCGGCAAAUUUUCUCUCACACGCGUGAUAUUAUUUCGUAUAAUAGUAAUAAUGAUAAAACAACAGAAGGAAGUUACGUCUGUAAGUGGACGAUUGUGAAACCGCGGAAGAGAUAACGACGAAACACGUUAAAACAUCCGAUUAUUAACUUGUAUUACAUAUCAGUUUUUGUGUCAUAUUUUAUCGCACAUUUGAGCUCGCGAUUUUUGCUUUAUCGAACGAAGCGAUGGCAAGUUAGAAGAAGUCUGAACGAGAGAAGAAAUUGCGCGGUAUACAAAGAACUGAAGCUAUCAAAGCUAUACUUUCGUGACACAACGUCUGAUUAAAUAAGAAAUAUUAUCGCAAUACGAUUGAAAAAUGAGGUACGUUGUAACAACAACAAUAAAGGAAAAGUAAUUAAACUGGCCGUUUUCAGACAAAAUCACGCGCUUCCGAACAAUCUCCUGGCUUUUUCCCGUGUUUUGUGAAGCUUGCUUCGUUACCUCAUUGUUGUCACGUUGACCGCGCCGAAGGGUGCCACCCUUAUAGUUCGUUAUUUCGCUCCGCGCACUGGAGUGCUCAAAUCGCAAAGUAACGAAGGGAGGAAUCUGACGCAAGAGAGCGGUUGAUCACACUUUAUAGCGAACAGAUAGAUAAAUUAAAAAAAAAAAAAAAAAAACAAACAAAAAAAAGAAGAGAACAUAUGCGAAAUAAAAGUGAAGCUACCGCAAUAAGAGAAUUUUAUGCGUAAAAAUAAAGCGAUUUUGUAAUUGUCUUCGGAUAGUUACGGGGUAAUAUGUUAUAUGAUGAUUACGUGUAUUGUGAAACAAACAAAACUGUCUUGUGUUUAGUGAACGAAACGCCUGGUGUUCUGCUGAAAAUUAUGAAGAAUGUCAAAACGAAAAAACACGACAAGUGCGAGAGGUAAAGACCCAUUACUCUUUGCUAAUAUAAAUAUCGAUGUAUGUACAUAUAUCGCUGACAAACACAUUUUCAGCAUUAGAUGCAACGAUGUAGGACGUAAUAAUAAAUAAAUGAAAAAUAUAUUAGAUGUUUGUAUCUCGCUUUCUCUGAAGUAAUAAAAUAAACGCGAAACAACACGGAAGAAAUACAUAUUGAGAUAUAUUUUCAAAAUUGACACUAUAUAGAAACAUUCCAUGGCGGGGGAUUCACACUUUCGACGUGAAUGUACGUGUAACACGCGGAAUCAAAUCGUUUUUCAUCCGGCACGACGUCUGAAGAUGAUGAUGCGGUCCGCGUAAGAAGUGUGUUGAAAAAAGAAGUUCAGGUGAGAAUCUUUCUCUCUCUCUCAAUCUCACUUGGACUCUCAUUAAACCCCGGGAAUAUUUACGUAAUUUUCCGAGGCAUCCAUCACGGAAGAGAUGCGCCGAAUCGGAGUGGGAGAAUCCGAGAACUAAAAGCAGCGACGAGAACGAGACUCGCGCGACACAACUUAGUCAUUGUUUCCUGAUGUUUUGCAUUUGCGAUAUCGUAGCCUAGGUUCAGUCUGCCAGAAGGCUUGGCGACACGCGGUUCUCGCCGGCUGAUAUGGCAGCCGUCGUUUCUGCUAUCGCAAUCCCUCGGCUCCUCUGUCAUUGUCGCCGUCACUACCUCCGACACCGGCGUAACUGUCAAACUACCGAACAGAUGUUAGCACGAGGUGCCUGGAGUGGGAUACGUGAUUUCUUGUGAUACUGUACGCGCGCAUCGCGGCUCGAAGAAGUAAGUUCCAGUGUCGUCGAUCGAUUGAUGUGACACGCACAUUCCUCGCGCAUUCCUCAAUACUUAAGUGGACGCCGAAGGUACCUUUCUCGUGGGUGUCAUUUCCCGUGGUAAGGUGGUAGUGAAUGUCUCUCGGUGAAGUGAACGAGAGCAAUUGCUGUCGGGGAAGAGCGGAGAUUUCGAAGUUGGUAAAAUAAAAAACGGAACAAAAAAAAAAUUACAUUUAACGAGGAUGACGAACCGUAAAGUCUUCAGUUCGCAACCGGUAACCCAAUUCAACGGCGUCUUUCUGCUGUUGCUAAUUCUUUCAGCUAAGGUCACGUACUCGGCUGAUCUCGCGAUCGAGAUACCGGGCAACCUGAGCCAGGGUGGUUCCUGGUACCGUUUGGAUUACAGCCCACCGGUCGGCUCUCCACCGCCGAACACCACCAUAGCCGCAACUGACAUCGGUGAUGUCAUAAAGUUCAGGGACGGUUUGCCCGGAACGAGAUAUGAAUAUUGGUUAUAUUACAGCAACAGCACGCUUCACGAUUGGCUGACGUGGACCGCGUCGAUUACGACACCGCCCGAUCCUCCUUCGAAUUUGACGAUAUCGGUGCGAAAUGGGAAAACGGCGAUCGUGUAUUGGUCGCCUCCGGCUCAGGGAAAUUAUUCGGGUUUCCGGUUACGCACGCAGAGUUUCAGCGACACCGGAAAUCCGAAGACCAGCGUCAUUCCUGGCGACUCGGUGCCCUACACACUCCGAGAUCUCACACCCGGGGCCACGUACUCGCUUCAACUCUUUACCGUGCUGGACGCCAAAGAGAGCGUUGCUUAUACCAGCAGAAAUUUUACCACAAAACCGAACACUCCGGGAAAGUUUAUUGUCUGGUUCAGAAAUGAAACGACGUUGCUCGUAUUGUGGCAGCCGCCUUAUCCUGCCGGAAUUUACACACAUUACAAAGUUAGCAUAGACCCGCCAGACGCAAUAGAGUCCGUUCUAUACGUAGAAAAGGAAGGCGAACCACCCGGUCCUGCACAGGCGGCUUUCAAAGGACUCGUUCCAGGUAGAGCGUAUAAUAUUUCCGUGCAGACCGUUUCGGAAGAUGAAACUUCCGCGCCUACAACAGCUCAGUAUCGCACGGUGCCAUUGCGUCCACUCAACGUGACCUUUGACAAGUCUUCCGUCACGUCGACUUCCUUCCGCGUAUUUUGGAACCCUCCUAACGGAACGUCCGAAUUCGACAAGUAUCAAAUAUCGCUCGGCAGUAACCGGCGACUCACGCCUGUCACGCGAAAUCGAGACGACGAGAACAGCUGGGAGUUCAGGGACUUGGAACCCGGCAAGACGUAUCAAGUGGUCGUGAAAACGGUUUCUGGCAAGGUCACCAGUUGGCCGGCCAGCGGGGAUGUCACUCUGAAGCCGCUACCUGUUCGCGAUUUCAGGGCGGUGCUGGACGAGAGAACUGGUAUGGUAGAAAUCUCGUGGAAUCCAGAGAAUUCCAGUACGCAAGACAGUUACAAGCUUCAAUAUCACGAAGUAGAAACAACGAUCGGCGGCGACAGCAACAUUUUGACAACCGACAAAACAAAGGUUACACUGGAAGCUCUGCUGCCAGGAAGAAAUUAUUCCAUAAUAGUCCAGGCGAUCAGUAACAAAGUCGAGUCAAACGAAACCGUCCUGUAUCAGGCGACACGUCCUGCCAGUCCUAUAAUUGAGGAUCUGAAGCCCAUCGAGAAGGGCUUGAACAUUUCUUGGAAGAGCGACGUGAAUUCCAGACAAGAGAAGUUCGAAGUAACUCAUAACAGAAAUGACACCGGUGAGAGCGCAACUACUUUGACUACGGAAUCGCACAUCGUUUUGGAAGAUCUUUAUCCUGGCGCAGCUUACGAGGUCAAGGUCUUCGCUAUCAGUCAUGGACUUCGAAGCGAGCCGCAUGACAAUUUGCAAGCCGUUUUACCUCGUCCGCCGAGAAAUCUCAGUAUCGAAAAAGUCACGAGCAACACCGUCGUCGUGCACUGGGAGGCACCGACGAACUCGAUAUUUACCGAGUACUCCAUCAGAUAUCGCACAGAAGACGAUCCCAGGUGGGUCAAACUUCCCAGCGUGCGUGACACAGAAGCCGAAGUGGCGGAUAUGACGGCCGGCGAGAAAUACACCAUACAAGUAAACACCGUAAGUUACGGCGUCGAGAGUUUGUAUCCGUUGCAAGUGAAUCAUACAGUCAGACCCAAUCCGGUUUUAACUAUUACGCCGAUCAUUGACUCAACCAACGUGACUCUUGAAUGGCCGCGGCCCGAAGGUCGUAUAGAGACUUACGUUAUAAGAUGGUGGUCGGUAGAGAAUCCGGACGAUACCAGGACGAAGAACGUUAGCGGGAGCAAUGACGUAACCGACGUUAGUUUUGAAGAGAACACCGUGCACACUGAAAAGGUUUUAAUUGACGAUUUGGUUCCCGGAGUGCAGUAUUUCUUUGUUGUCUACACGGUGUCCUACGAUCUGGUCAGCGACAUCAACAAUCUGACCACAAGAACGAUGCCGCUGCUGCAAUCCGAAGUCGUCCUAGUGAUCGAUCCGAACCUACCGAGAUCGUUGACGUUGAGAUACACGCGAACGCCGAUUCAGUCUUCGAGAUUCGAUCUCUACCGGUUCAGGAUUAGCGAUGAGAAUAACACCACGAAGGAGCGCACGGUGGACGAUACCGAUACCAAGAUCACGUUUGUUGGAUUAACACCCGGCAAACUGUACAACGUGACUGUUUGGACAGUAAGCGAUAACGUAGAGAGCAGACCUCUCGUCCGACAAGAUCGACUCUAUCCCGAACCGAUCAGUGAAAUCCAAGCGAUCGAUAUAAAUGAUACGAGAAUCACCUUGACCUGGGACGCCCCGUACGGAGAAUACGAUGCUUACGAAGUGCAAUACUUAAAUACGGAAGGAAAACUCAUCCAAAAUAUAACCUCGGUCAACGUGAUCACCAUCUUCGAUCUGAAGCCGCAUAGAAAUUAUACGUUUACUCUGAUUGUACGUUCGGGCACAGAAUCUUCUCACUUGAGAAACUCGAAUCCCAUCAGCGCCAGUUUCACGACCAAGGAAUCGUACCCGGGAAAGGUCGAGAAGUUUCAUCCAAUCGACAUCCAACCGAGCGACAUCAGCUUCGUGUGGUCUCUGCCUGCUCACGAACAGAACGGUGUUAUCAGAAAAUUCAGCAUCACUUACGGUUUAGAAGGUUCAACUCAUACCCAAAUGCAGGACUUCAGAUCGACCGAUUUCCGCGGUGUUAUCAAGUCUCUCAUACCGGGCAAGACGUACAUCUUCCGAAUUCAAGCGGAAACAAAAAUCGGCUACGGCCCCGAAACGAUCUGGAAGCAGAAGAUGCCGAUAUUGGCUCCGCCGAAACCGUCCACGCAGGUGGUGCCGACCGAAGUCUGCAGAAGCAGCACCACGAUCCAAAUCAGAUUCAGGAAGAACUACUUCAGCGAGCAGAACGGCGCGGUCACGUCGUACACCAUCAUCGUGGCCGAGGAUGACAGCAAAAACGCUUCCGGUCUGGAAAUGCCCAGUUGGAGAGACGUUCAGGCUUACAGUAUUUGGCCUCCUUAUCAGGUGAUGGAGCCGUAUUAUCCUUUUAAAAACGGCUCAGUUGAGGACUUUACAAUCGGCUCUGAGAACUGCGACAACAAAAUUGGAUAUUGCAACGGCCCGUUAAAAUCCGGAUCUACUUAUCGGGUAAAGGUGCGCGCGUUUACCGCACCGGACAAAUUCACGGACACCAGCUAUAGCUUCCCUAUUCAAACAGGAUUGCUGCUGGCAGAUAAGGACAACACGGCCAUCAUAGUUGGUGUCACCGUCGCCAUAGCGUUGCUACUGUUCCUAUUGGGCAUCGGUCUAUUCAUGCGAAGAAGGAGAAGUCAGGGUCGCAAGACGACGGAAACCAGGGCGACCGAUAACUUGUCAUUGCCGGAUAGCGUCAUUGAGACCAGCCGACCUAUCAAAGUCGAAGAUUUUGCUGAGCAUUAUCGCACCAUGUCCGCGGAUUCCGAUUUCCGGUUCUCGGAAGAAUUCGAAGAACUGAAACACGUUGGAAGAGACCAGCCGUGCACCGCGGCCGAUUUGCCUUGUAACAGGCCGAAGAAUCGCUUCACGAAUAUUCUUCCAUAUGAUCACAGUAGAUUCAAACUUCAACCUGUCGACGAUGAAGAGGGUUCCGACUACAUUAACGCUAAUUACGUUCCGGGUCACAAUUCACCGCGGGAGUUUAUAGUGACUCAAGGACCGUUGCAUUCGACUCGCGACGAUUUCUGGCGGAUGGUGUGGGAGAGCAACAGCAGAGCGAUCGUGAUGCUGACGAGAUGCAUCGAGAAAGGAAGAGAAAAGUGCGAUCAUUAUUGGCCAAUGGAUACUUUGCCAGUUUAUUACGGUGACAUCUGCGUCACGAUACUGAACGAAACCCAUUAUCCGGAUUGGAGUAUCACGGAAUUCAUGUUGUGCAGAGGCGAUGUGAAGAGAGUGAUACAGCACUUCCACUUCACCACCUGGCCAGAUUUUGGCGUUCCUAGUCCACCCCAGACAUUGGCGAGGUUCGUGCGGGCGUUCAGAGAACGAGUCAGACCCGAUCAGAGGCCUAUAGUCGUUCACUGCAGCGCCGGGGUAGGUCGUAGUGGUACCUUCAUCACCCUCGACAGAAUAUUACAGCAGAUACUGGUGUCGAAGUACGUUGACAUCUUUGGAAUUGUCUGGGCAAUGAGAAAGGAACGAGUCUGGAUGGUUCAGACGGAGCAGCAGUACAUCUGCAUACAUCAGUGUCUCCUGGCGGUUCUGGAGGGCCAGGACACAACCGGGCCACCGCGGGAGAUUCACGAUAAUCAGGGAUUCGAAGGCAAGAAUCGAAGCUCGGUCGAAAGCACUAUGAGUCCUGCUGAGGAUGAAAAGGAGAGGUGACCUUCGAACGGCGACUCCUGCGUCGACGAUGACGAGGGAAUAGCCGAAUCGGGAAUGUGAUGUUUCGAUCGCUGCUUGGAAAUAAUAACUGAUAGUGACGAAAGAAACGGAUCUCUUGUUUCGAAGGUGUUUGAAUUCUCGACAUUUUUCGAAUUACCUUGGAAAACGCACAUUCGAAAAAACGACAAAUCAGACAAAGACAAUAGAAAUAGCGUAACAAACGAUUACGCGGAUGUUAGAUCACGUGUGGAAAUUGACGAAGGAGAUUUCUCGGAAUGAACGAUUUUCCAAACAGCUUCAUGACAAAACAAACAACGAGUAAGCACACGUGUGUUUUAUUCUUAUAUCAUUUACAUAUCGACAAACAAGCGUGUUCAAUCUCUAAUACACGUAGAAUAGUUCGAGACUAAUGAUUAAUUGAAGAUAUACGAUAUAAAACGGUAUAAAAAUAGCGUAAAUCUGAUGAUUAAAGAACAGGAUGUGGAACAAUGAAGUCAAAGCAAAUUUUUCAGCGUGGGAAUUAAAUAUCACAUGCGCUGAUGUUUCACGAUUGUGCAAAAAAUCGGUGAUCACAUCUUUACUAAUAUACAACUUUUAUGUGUAUAAUAUCUUUAUAUACGGAUAUAUGUAAGUAGCGAGAAAAAUGAUAAAAGAAAACACAAGCGACGUUGAUAAACAUAAGUCGUAUGUAUUAUAAUGAAAGAUGCAUAUUCCACUGGUUUUAUCAUAAUGGGGAGGGGACGGGGAACUUCGAACCACAUCGCAUCCGCAAAAUGAGUCUUAUCACGUACAAUUUCGUUAGUUAGACAUAUUACGUACGGCAAAAGAACAAACAGCUUUUUCUAUCGAUCAUUGCGAAUUUUUAGACGUCUCGAUUUUUACUCUAACGUAUAAAUAUUUUCCUUAUCACAACUCUCUGUUUAUAUUCUAUAUGCUCUACAAACGUAAAGAUAUAUCUUGCAAUAUUUUUUUAAAUAAUUUUGGCGAAGAAAUGAGAAUCAACAAAUAAAGUUUGCCAAAACACAAAACGCAAAUCGUUCGACGUGUUUACUUGACUAAUCGUUCGAAGCAGCGAACCGUCCAAGAACUAUAUAAAAACGAGUGCUAAGACAACAAUAAAAAUAAGAUAACAAUUUAAAUAUGAUAACGUUAUUAUUAAAAAAGCGACUUAUCUGAAAGGAAAAAAAAAUAUCAAAAGGAUCAGGCGCGGAUGUGAAUGUGCGGAGCUUUUAAUCGAUCCUUCUUUUCGGGACGGACGAAAACAAUAUCAGUGGGAACAAGAAACUCGCAUUUUUGUAGGAGCCAUAUCAGUUUUGGAAAGAGUAAAAGAAAAAAAUACAUAAAACGUGUGUAUAUGUGCGUGUAGAUGUGUGCGUGCAUGUAUGUAGCUAAUCAAUUAUAAAGCCGUUUAGAGCGAUACAUAUUGGCCUCUUCCGUCGUAUUGCAGAUCGUGGUCGCCGUUGGAGAGUAAUACAAUUUUAAAAACCGAUAAGAUAUAAAGCAAUAAAAAAAAGUGUUUCCUGUAGCAAUCGCAGAUGUAGUCGUGUAUAUCGAGACAGGCUUUAACUUCACGUAGUAAUAAUAAAUGAGAUAAUUGUGGAUUAAUAAAUUUGCAAUUUGCAAAACGAGUUUUCAGCGGUUUAAUCGGUUUAGCGGAACAGGUUGAAUUAUUUUCGUAAAAUGAGCAAUCGUUUCGCAUUUUUUUAACGUUUAAUGCCAUUUCGAAGUGAUAUAAGAAAUGCAUGUACUUAAUUUUGUUAAUUCUCGACAAAGGCUCAGCAGAAUGCAAUUGAUUGCAUGUGAGUAGGUAAUUUGUUUUCGUACAGAUUAGAGUUACGAUUGAAACUUUAUCGCGCGAACACUUUAGAAAGAGAUUUUAAAUUAAAAAAACAAAACAAAAAAAAAACAAACAAACAAAAAAAACAAAAAGAAGAUUCGUGUUCAUCAUGUAUUUUUGGAUGAGCAUUUACAACGGUCACAUUGUGAACUAUAUAUUUACAAAACGAUCGCAGGGACUGUUUUUAAAGGUUCAUCACAUUUUAUGGCACUAUAUACACAGGAUUUUAUUAAUCCGCUUAUUAUGUAUUAAGGAUUAUAUUAAUCCGCUUAUUUUUGAGGACACAUAAACAUAAAAUGUUGCAUGUAACGAGUAUAUAAUACAUUAAAGCAGGCGCUCUAUUAAACAUAAAGAUAUGAGAUUUAUAUAUACAUAUACAUAUACAUAUGUAAAACAUUGUCUUGUUCAAAUGCAGCUAUACAAUUUUUCAUAUUUUUUACAUUAUUGGAAACGGAUUACCGAAAAUUUAGCUCUCUAGAGAGGGAAAGAGAGAAAGAGUUGAAGAAAGAAAAUAAAAUUUCAUACGCGUACAGUAAUCUCCGCUUGUAAGUUAGUCAAUGGUGGUUUAGAGGAAAAUAAUGAUCACUUUUACAUAUUUGUUCUAUCGGCGUUGUUCUGUGCGCGCGCGAACACGUACGCAAUACGUUUAAAACAUAAAUACAUAUAAUAUACAUAUAAUGUGUGUAUGCAUACAUUGUAACGUGGGACAAACUAUCGAUAAAAUACGUGCAAUCAGAAAUAACUUACAGACGACUUACAAGCGUAGAUUAUGAGAUGAUCUUAUAUAUGUAACUAUUACAAAUAUAUAUAUAUUACAUAUAUAUAUAUAUAUAUAUAUAUAUAUAUAUAUGUAUAUAUUUACACACGUACGUACGCACGUCGAUAGUAAUCAUAAUGCUGUUGUUACGCUGCUACAAUACACUAUCAAUGUCGAUUUAUUUCGGAAAAAAAUGCGGAAGAUAUAGUGGAAAAAAGUAUAAAGAGAAAAAUAUUGAUCUCUCUUUCUAGUAUAUAAUUCCGCUCUUUGUACAACUUCAAUUCCUCUUACGAAUAUUACGGCUUUUAGCGAGCGCUUGAAAGUCAUUGUUACAAACAAUUCAACGACCGAUUUAAUAAAUUGUUUCAAUACUCGAAUGACACAAGAGGUUUUUAGAUAUACUAAAUAAAUUUUUUUAUCGUAUUUUUAAGUUGUAACAGCGGAUGUGAGAUGUAAGUGUUACAUCGCGAGAUAACGUUCGACGAUCUGUUGCAACUUUCAUUUUAUAUAUAUAUAUAUAUAUAUAUAUAUAUAUAUAUAAAAUCCGCGUAUUGUAAGGUUGUAUAUUUUAUUCAACUUUAUACAACACAACACACGUUGACGUUAUUGAUUACGAGUUUAUCGUGAAUUCUUCAACGCUAUAAUAUAGUGUGUUUUUGCGAUUUUUAAUUAAGCAAAACAUAAUUUAUAUAAUCAGAGACUUCUUUUUUUUUGUAUUAAUAGCUCAGCUCAAAUAUUUUCUAUUUUGUUAUCGCGUUAUCAGUAACUUUUAAG